GGCCACAGUGGAGGAGGGAGAGGGAGGGGGAGGAGGAGGGAGUCGGGUUUGCACGCACUAAGCCGCUCGGGAGGAGGAUUGCUCUGGGCUCCGGGCGGGCGGUGGGGAGAGGGAGGGAGAGAGAUGAGCUUUUCUGGCACUAAAGCCCUGAGCAGCAGCAGCGGCGGCGGCGGCGGCGGUAGUAGUAGUAGUAAGAAACAGGAGACGGUCGGUAUGAAGGUGAAAAAGAGCUCGUCGGAGGGUCUGUCUGUCACCAGUGAGGAGGAGCUGCUCAAGAAGGAGAGCGUCUCGCCCGAGGAUGUGCUGGGACUGCAGAAGAUCACCCAGAAUUACCUGUGCGCUCCAGAGGACAACAUCUACAACAUCGACUUUACCCGGUUUAAGAUCCGGGACAUGGAGUCCGGGGCAGUCUUGUUUGAAAUCACCAAACCCCCAGCGUCCGACCGCGAUCACGGGGACAAGAAGGACAUCGAUCCCAACGCCGGCCGCUUUGUCCGCUACCAGUUCACCCCCGCCUUCCUCAGGCUGCGGCAGGUGGGAGCCACGGUGGAGUUCACAGUGGGUGACAAACCCAUCAAUAACUUCCGAAUGAUCGAGCGACACUACUUCCGAGAGCAGCUGCUGAAAAGCUUCGACUUUGAGUUCGGUUUCUGCAUCCCCAGCAGCAAGAACACGUGUGAGCACAUCUACGAAUUCCCGCAGCUCUCCGAGGAGCUCAUCCGCGAGAUGGUGCUGCACCCAUACGAAACGCAGUCCGACAGCUUCUACUUCGUGGACAGCAAACUGGUGAUGCACAACAAAGCCGACUACGCGUACGGGGGGGGGCCCUGAGCCCGGAGAGGAACAGAACCCGGCUUUCCGCGUCCACAACAGUCACU